AUGCGUUUCUUCCUGGCUACGUGGCUGUGCCAUAUAGCGGCUGCUUCAUUGACUGUCACUAUUCCUCCGUCUACCCUACUCCCCCACCCCCAUUCUCUCCCCGCAACCACUCAGGCCACCCUGACCACCACGGAUCGCGUUCUAACGGCUUUCCUGACUCGUUCGUCAACAUUGAUAUUCCCCGAUAUCCCCUCAUCCGGCCCGGCUUCAUACCUUCUUGAUAUUCGCUCCGGCGAAUGGGUGUUUGCUCCUUACCGUGUUGACGUGGCCGCCGAUGGAACCGUCCUGGGGGUUUGGGAGACUUUCCGAGGCAACCCAUGGGAUAAUCGCGGCGCAGAAAAGUAUGUGGUUGAUGUCGCGGGAAAGGCACAGAGUGAUGUCGUGAUCGAAGCCAAGGUGGUCGGUCGCAGAGGAUUCUAUGAGGAACGCGCCAAGUUUUCACCAAUGAGUCUUGUCAAGAAUCCGAUGAUCUUACUUGCAAUCGUCGCUCUGGGUUUCACAUUGGGUAUGCCCAAACUGAUGGAAAACAUGGACCCUGAGAUGCGCGCCGAGUUUGAGCAGCACUCUCGCUCAUCUCCGAUUACAGGCGCUACAAGCAACGCAAUGGCCGGCGGUGGUUUCGAUCUGGCCGGGUGGAUGGCUGGCACCUCAUCUGGUCCUGCCGCCGAUGCCGACGUGGCCCGUGGAGAUGCGACGGGUCGGGACACGGGCGCUGCUCGGCGGCGAGGCUAG